AUGCGGCUCUCGACCUCUCUGAUCUUUUGGGGAACUCUCCACACUACCUGGGGGAGCUCUUUAAUUGACUUUUCGGCUGCUCGUGGUGAUUCCCCGUCCAUCCUAGGCAUUCGUGACCUUGAGGGAGCGCGUGGUGUCACUGUUUCUUCUAACACAGCCGAACUCUACAUCGAACUGGGCACCGAUCCCUCCGGAGUUGCUGCGCUGCAUUGCCAUCGUAUUGAGGGGUAUAUUCGCGCUGAAUACCAUGCCCUGUCCGGGCGCAUGGAAGCUGAUCAGACGUACUAUAUUGGGUACCAGUUUUCCCUGGCUGAGAUUGAACAAAGCCUCAUGAUCUGGCAGUUGUAUGUAUCUAUUGUUUAUACCCAUGGAAAACCAGGCUGGAGAUGGCUGACUCAAGAAAUUAGUAAAGAGUAUGAGGCCAACAAUGCGGCAGACGGUGGCGCCAACAUUCCACUGUCCCUAGAAAUCCAGAAUGGCGUGCUCCACUUCCAAUACCAGUCUUCAUACAGUACCCCACGGGUUCCUCAGUGGUCCAUCACUCCCAAGGCCAACACUACGUACUCAGUGGGAAUCGUGAUCAACACAGGCUCUCCAGGAUGGGUAGAGCUGUAUUGGCAGGGUCAGCAGCAGACUUUCACUACCUCUGGGACCACCAAGGUUCAAGCUACGACCUUCCCGGGGAGGACGGAGCCCAAGUUCGGCAGCUACCGUGGUGAGGUCGUAGGGAUUGACACAUAUAUCUACAGAAUCCAGAUUGGAACCACAUUGAGUGACAUCAGUGCUGCAGCCGGUUUGAGCUCAUCGUCCAGCUCGACAGCCACAACCAGCAAAAUCGCCAUGACCAGCACGACCUCCACCAGUGGCGCGACGAGUACGACUACCUGCUCAUGGGCUGGCCACUGCGAAGGUUAUUAA